AUGACUACGUCGCUACAGAGUGUUUUAGGUACUGGCUUUGCUGAUAAACGGCUCAAAGCACCCAAGGAUACAACAAGUUUGCAAUGCAACUACAGUGGGCAUACCUUUUGCAUGCGUUUCGUAGUAUCAGUCAUCCCCAAGACGGCCUAUGAGUCCAAUGCUGCCUUUUUUGAGAAGGCCAUGGAUGCAGUUGUCCAGUCUUUGGGAGCUUUGUUGCGCGAUGGGCUGACGCACCCGCUUACUGGGGAACGCUUUUUCUUCGUUGUGCUGGGAGUGAAAGGAGACCUUCCGUAUUUGCAAAAGCUGGGAAAAUUGAACAGAAGCUGGAACACCACUUCAAAAAAGCGAAGCAGAGGAGGACGGCUUGCAGGGGGCACAUGUCACCUGUGCCUAGCUGGCACUGCUGGCUGUCACGCGGAGGAGAUUGUGGAUCACCCUCAAUGGGAACUCACCAUUGGUGUUCGCCAACCAUGGCUCCGGACACCAUUCAUUGUUCAGCAUUUGUGCCACAACCUCUCCAACCCAGCAUCAUUCUUCAAGCAUGACUUGUGGCACAGUGUGCAUCUGGGGCUUGGAAAAUCCUUUGUUUGCAGUUGUUUGCAGAUUGCGCUGGAAGUGGUCCCGGCCACGAACAAUGAAGAUCGGUUCAGGUGGCUCACCAACCAUUACAGGGCAUGGUGCAAAGACACUUCUUCACAGCCACAUGUGACAAAGAUCACACCGAGCCUCAUCUCGUACGGAGAGAAGACAGGCGCUGCUGGAGCGUGGCGCAAGGGAGCGUUGACGACGAAUCUGAUGCGUUGGAUUGUGGUUCUUGUCAGCGCUCUCUCGAGUGACAAAGGUGGUUACCUUUCUCUUUGCGCCACAGCUGCAGUGAAUUUGAACGAGUUCUUUUCUUGCCUCCACAAUGCGCCACUGUUUCUCAGUGGGAAUGAGGCCACAUACCUUGCAGGAAAAGGGAUGACAUUUCUCAAGAUCUACGCGAGGUUGGCUUUGGACUUGUUUCGAGAAGGACGGCCGCAUCUUUUUGCUUUGUACCCCAAGAUACACGUGAUACAUCAUUUCCUGUGGGAUAUGCGGCAAGAGGCUGGUGACCACAAUCUCAGCCUCCACCCGCUCAGCGCUGCGUGUCAAAUGGACGAAGAUCUGGUAGGCCGGGUUUCCCGGCUUUCACGCCGUGUCAACAUCAGGGCCGUCAUCCAGAGAACGCUAGAACGUUAUUUGAUUGGCUGCUAUGCAGCCUGGCGUGAGGCGGCAGCUGCGACGGAGCAUGUGGAGCCGGCAACACAUGUGAUCCAGCGCGACAGAGGGCACUUCAAGGUGUCGCACUGA